AUGAAACCGAAAAAAAAACCGCACUGGUUCUACACAUCAUAUGCUCCUGCCGUCAACCAGGGGGAGCUAGCGAGCAGCGUCGACGUGUGCCGGAACCUCGUGCGUCUGCUCCCGGUGGAGAACUAUUGUCUGCUGGAAUACCUCGUCGCGUUCCUGCUAGAGGUCGCUCAACACGAGGCAACAAACAAGAUGUCAGCCACCGCGCUCGCCAUUGUGUUCGGUCCGAACGUGUUCCGGUGUUCGGUCGGGCUGGACGGUCUCAAGGAACAGCAUUUGGCCAAUCAAAUCGUGUGCAGCUUCAUCGAGCAUCCUGAUUCGCUGUUCCCAGGACUGCAGCAGCAGCCCGCCCGACCUCCGACGCAGUCUUCAUUGGCGAAGGUCACACGACCUGCGUCUCUCACGGUCGUUACUGGGGAGGAGGAGAUGAGAGCGGGUGCGAUCGUUGCCCGCGGCAACACGGAGACUCGCGAGGGCGGCGCAGCAGCGGCGACACCUGGCGGCCAGCAGCUCAUGGUUGUCGCGUCGUGGCAGACGGACGGGGCGAGCGGCAGCGAAGGUCACCUUGAGACACGCGAGGCUCACGUCGAGGCAGACCAGACUCACGGCAAGGAGACUCACGGCGAGACAGGCGCGGCUCACGGCGAGACGGCGGAGGCACGCGUUGAGACACGCGAGACUCACGACAAUGAGGGUCGUGUUGAGACAGGCGAGGCGCGCGUUGAGACACGCGAGGCGCGCGUUGAGACACGCGAGGCGCGCGUUGAGACACGCGAGACUCACGACAACAAUGAGGGCCGCGUUGAGACACGCAAGACUCACAUCGAGACACUCAAGACUCAUGACAAUGAGGGCCGUGUUGAAACAGGCGAGGCGCGCGUUGAGACAAGCAAGACUCACGACAAUGAGGGCCGCGUUGAAACAGGCGAGGCGCGCGUUGAGACAAGCGAGACUCACGAAACAGGCGAGGCGCGCGUUGAGACAAGCGAGACUCACGACAAUAAGGGCCGCGUUGAAACAGGCGAGGCGCGCGUUGAGACAAGCGAGACUCACGACAAUGAGGGCCGCGUUGAGACACGCAAGACUCACGACAAUGAGGCGCGCGUUGAGACACGCAAGACUCACGACAAUGAGAGUCGUCUGAGGCGCACGGCGAGGCAGGCAGCAGCAGCAGCGGGGAGCGGCGGCAUCAAGGCUGCGUUCCAAUGCAGCAGCAGCAGCGGGGAGCGGCGGCAUCAAGGCUGCACUCCAAUCACGUUCUUCGGCUACAGGAUAUCCGAUGACAUUGAUGCUGAUCACGACCCGCCCGCCGCCAGGGUCAGCGGCAAGGUCACUGCAGCUCAGCCGUUGUCACAUGCGUGUCACGAGGCGUCCCGCAAGCUUGGUGACGCGCGUGAGUUGACUCCCGGAGAGCGUGAGGCGCGGAAACCGGCUGCGACUUCACGUCACGAGAUGGCCCCUGAAGACCGCGUCGCCGUGGAGCCGGCCCCCGGGGGUCGUUCUUCGUGCGAAUCGACUCCCACAGAUGAGGAGAGCACCCCCGUGAAGUACGUCGAUGAGGUGCUGACCCCUGGCGGCCAUGUACGUCGGUUCAGCGUCGAGAGAGAGGUGGCAGUGUCGCAGCGUCGCCGUGCCUCUGCCGUCGCCGGACGAAUGUUUGACAGGGUGAGAAACAACUCGAUGAAGCAGACGACGUCACGUGACAGCGGCGUCGUCACGGCGAUCCCUCCUCCGCCCGCACAGACGCACGUACAUUCUGCGUCGCAGGAAGUUUGCCCGACUGAUUUGUUAGCGACAUGGGAUCGACCUACGUGGAUAACGCCGACCAGUGAAGCGCCCCCUACACCUACGCUCCUUGCUAAAGCGCCCCCUACACCUACGCCCCUCGCUAAAGUACCCCCUACUACUUCAUCCUCCGCUAAAGUACUUGAUACAGCCACACUCCCUGCUGAGCCGCCCUCUAUAGCUGCACCUGCUGAGGCGCCCCCUAUAUCCACACUGCCUGCUGAGGCGCCCCCUAUAGCCGCACCUGCUGAGGCGCCCUCUAUAGCCACACUCCCUGCUGAAGCGCCCUCUAUAGCCGCACCUGCUGAGGCGCCCUCUAUAGCCGCACCUACUGAGGCGCCCCCUACAACCACAACUAACGGCCAGCACCAACGCGAGGGCAUGCACCAACAUCAGCUGCAGCUUGACCUCGAGCAGCAGCACUGGGAUGGUGUUGAGCACGGUGGCUGGAACGGCUCUGUCUCCGCCGCGGCACGCACGCACAGACACGGGCACGGACAUCACACGCGCAAAUCCGCAGUGUACCGCUACACGGUGCGGGAACAGGAGUAUGAGGCGGAUGCCAAGCCUAGCCACGCCUUCCUCGACAUACACCACCAGUCGUCGCUGGACGCGGGUUCACCGAGUUUGAGCAAGGUGGCGCCACCGUUCAUGCCGGCGCUCGACCUCACCAUACUACACGAGCAUGGAGACGGCAGCGAUCCGAUCCCCAUGGAUGGAAACACGGUGUCUCUGCGUGGCAGGUACAUCUGUGCUGGUAACGACGCGGCCCUGGUGUCCCCACGCGCCACCCAGCUCGCAUACCCGUCUCACGGGGACAAGCUAUCGAGACCUGACAUCAAGAAAUACCUGUCUGAGCUGACCAAGACUAAGAGGGAGCUCAAAAGUCUCAAAGAGGAGUACCACAUCUCACGUUUCGGGGUCAUGCCGAAGGUCGGGGUCGUUGCCGACGUGAAACCGAGCGUCGACAGGACCUUCACGUCCACGAUAAAGAAACUGGAGGAGAACCGGAAAGACGGCGACCGGCCCUCAGCGUUGGAUUCGAUGAGCCGGGGACAGGUACAGGACGAGAAGCUGUCCAUGCAGAAGGCAUUGCUUAACUACGAACACAUCCACGGAAGACCGAGGAGCAAGCAGGACAAGGUACUGAUGCGGCCGCUCUACGACCGCUAUCGACACAUCAAGCGAAUGCUCGCUCAGCCGUCACCCGAUCUCACAGAGCUGCAGCCGAUACUGGAGGAUGCAGACGAGGACUGCCCCAUGGUGUUCACUCCAGCAGACGCCAAGCUCUCGUGGCAGGCGUCCGCCGUGAGUCUGGAAGACGAAGAGGGCGCCACCGUGCAGUGCAUGACGCCGACCUCUAUAGGCAGGGAUGACCGUGACGGAGUCUCGCCCGUAAAGGAACAGAGGGCGCUGUUUUCGAUGCGCGGCGCCGCCUCACUGGAAGGCAACCUCCACGAAGCAUCCAUGGCAGAGUUGAUGAGUGAGCAACAGCUGUGCAAGGCCGAGAAGAAGCAGUUACGAAGCAAGCUGCACGGCUUCGAGCAGGGAUUCCUCGAGAUGUGCGGGAGGAAGGUGCAGAGAGAGGACCGCGGAAACAUGCAGCUAGAAUACCAGUGCUAUAAGACUGUAAAGGCGAAGCUGCGUCUACUGGAAGCACUUCUAUCAAAGCACGAACGCACCAUGACUUUGUAAGCUCGUUGCCGCAGCAACCAUCCUGUGCGAUCGUCGCCCUAGCAACCAUCCUGCAUGAUCGUCGCCCUAGCAACCAUCUUGCGCGAUCGUCACCCUAGCAACCAUGCGACGAGCCCAUCAUCAUGACCACUGGCGCCAUCUAUUUGCGAUCGUCGUGGCAACUUCUUCGUGUACUCGGCGCUGGAACGCGUGUAAAUCCGCCUCCGUUGCGUCGACGCCCGAUUCGUCACCUGUCACAUGCAUGGCAUCCCGAGGCAGCAUCAUCUGUCAUCCGUCACCGCAGAACGUCAUCGAACGACCACGGCGAAUUAUUCUCGACAUGGACGUCAUGAAUGAUCAACGACCGACCCACCUGAUGGGAUCGACGGACAGCUUUAGCCAAUUAUUGUCACGCUAGGACACUCUAAAGACAAUGCUCAGCAGCGAAGAGUCGCGAUGAAAGCGGGCGGGCGUGGUUGUAUCUCUCGGGCAGAUCUGGUAUAGUCAGAUCUCUGAGUAGCCAUGGUCGAUGUAGUUUUGUCUGCUUGCAUCAAGCAGUAGGCGCUGCGUACACGCAUGGACACGGUGUAUCGAAGUGAUUUCUGCACGGUCUGUCACUUCGUGGCAUGUCAAUAGGCCUGGUUACGUGUCCGUUGCCGUGGCGACCGUAUCGUGGUAGCCGGUGGUACGUUGAUGAUCCCAGUUGUGUGUUAGAUGUGUCAGUUGUCGUGAGCGCGGCUUAAUGGCUGUCACAACGUGGAGAGCACAGCGGCAAGUUAACUAUCCCUCUAUUGUUUGUCGGUGUAACCACGGUGAUCUGUCAGCGCCCGUAUCAGCAUCGUCACAGUGGCAUGUUGGUCUCCAUGGCAACGUGCAGCUUCUUCGUGCGGUGCGGGUUUGAUUGGUGUUUGGUUUUCGUGUCAUAUACGCGUGAGUGUGAACGUUUCGUAGAGAAGGCAUGAUAACACGUCGUUGCGUGACAGCGUACGCAGCGCACCUUCAAUGGCGGCCGUAGAUAGGCUGCUGCUCUACGCUCAAGCACAGCAGCGAACCAAGCAGCAUAAUUAUGUCUACGCUUUCACCACAAGGUCGUAGUCGGUAGAUCGUCUGAAAAAGCACGUGUGCACCGAGCCUCGGACUCUGCUUUCACCGCUUUGUGUUAGCGUCCUCACCUUAUUUGGCGAGCGUGUACGUGCGAGAACACAUGAGCAUUCUAGCUCGUGAUCGGUCGCCAUCUUGUAUUUUAUAUUUGCACCCAGGAGUACCUCUUACUUUGGCUCGUAGGGUCUAUGUCCCCCUGACCUCUGUUUGACCUGGCUCGUUUAGCUAUUUCUGACUAACCCUAAC